AUCAACUGUUUCAUUCAAAGUAAACCAAGUGCUGACUGCUGAUAUAAACUUCUUGCACUGGGUACAGACAGAGCCCACACGCACACAACAGUCAACAGUUAUUUUUUAAGUCGUAACGUAACAUUGAACUUGCUCGGAGGAUAUGUUGAUUUGGAUGUGGAAUUGAUUCAAUUGAAUUGUGGCACCAAUUUCAGAAAUAGUUGAAGACAAGUUAUAAAAUAAUGAGCCACCAUGGAUCAAAUUAUCGGUAGAGCGAUUCGACUUUCUCAACAGAUGUGUUUAUUUUUAUUCAAAGCAGCACUCUUUACAAGUUGAUGCAGAGCCUGGCACAUUUGAUAAUACACCGGUUGAAAUUUUGGAUGUGGAAUUUUAGGGCAAUUACUGUAACUCAACUGAUUGAUGCCUGGACAAUUUAAUUUCAAUGUACUGGGACUGCUUGGAAACAUUUUACUCCUAAAUUCUUGCCUUAAGUCUUGGUUCUGGGUUUAAUUUUUGUUUUUGUGUUUGUCAUGCACGGUGGUGGUGGUUGUCCUUGAGGAUCUUUAGUUCACUGUAUUUGUAAAAAAAAGUGUCAAGAUGUUCUCAUCCACGAGGCAAGAGGUUGAGAAGGACGAGUUUGCCAAAGAGCGGGCCAUCAUGAAUGAUCUAGACGACAAUGGGUGGAGUCACAUCCAUCAUGCUGCUUAUCAUGGCUAUAUCAAGUCUAUAGAGAAGUUUGUUGGAGCCAGCGAAGACCAGCUGGAGUUCCCUACCAACGAUGAUAAGCUGAUGACCCCAAUCCUCCUGGCUGUUGAUAGCGGGAAGCUGGACACAGUGGAGUGCCUUGUGAAGCUUGGAUCUGAUCUGCGUUACCAAAACACCCAAAACCAGGGUCCAGUUGAGAUUGCGGCUCUGAAGCAGUACAUCGAUAUCCUGGAAUACUUCAUCAAGUUUGACCACAAGGACCUGCCAGUGUGGCCCAAGUUGAUGAAGUUCAUGGGUUCAGACAUGGAUGAUGAGGCGGAAGCAGCAGGGAAGAUGCUGGUGAUCUUGACUAAACCUUUGGAAAAGGGAUUGAAUCCAUACUGGGAGCCUAUUGUGCAGAAUAAUGGGGUUCCGGUCAUGAUGAAGGUCAUCAAGUCCAUGAUUUGUGACAAAGCAAAACUGUAUGCCUUCACAAUCCUCUUGAAUAUCAUUCAAGCGGAAGUGGUUAAGGAACAGAUAGUGAAAGCUGCGGGCAUCCCAACAGCAUUGAAGAUGAUUACUUCUACUGACAGAGAGAUGGUGUAUGCCUCUUCGUGCAUUUUGUGUCAUUUAUCCAUGGUGAAGGACUACAUUGACAGCAUGGUACAGAAUGGUGCAAUUCCAAUCAUGGUUAAACUAUGGCAGACGUGCACUGAUACAGAGAUCCUAGUGCAAGUAACAGAAACUGUCUCCCAGAUUGCAAGUGCUAAUGCAGAGUAUCAGAAAACGAUAGGUAACUCAUCGGGUGCAUUGACAGCUGUGGUUGGACUGUUUGAAAACGAUAGGUCAAAGUCACUUCUGCUAGCACUCACGCGGGCUGUAAGCAAUAUAGUAUGUAAGAACAUGGAUAAUCAGAAUAUGUUUGUCGAUGAGGGAGGAGCGUCGGCUCUGAUAUCCCUUGCCGGUGGAAAGUACAAUGACCUUCAGCUGAGUGCCAUCAGUGCCAUACACAUGUUAGCACAGGACAAUCCUCACACGCAGAAGAUCAUCUUAGAAGAAGGCGGUGUUAUACCUCUAAUGCAGCUCCUCAAGAGGAGUGGCUCACCCAACGUCCAUGUCUGCACAGCCAGUGCUUUGUGGGCACUGGCAGGAGAAGACAUCGAUGAGAGGCGGUCCAUGGCCAGCAUGAUAGGUGUUAACCUACUCAUAGACUUUCUUAAUGCGCAGGCUGAAAAUGAUAUUCUCCAUUACAUCGGCGCGGAAGGAUUGGCCGUCCUUGCCCAGGGGGCUCUCAACAAGCAGGACACUAUCGCCAAUGCGAAUGGAGUUCAACCCUUAGUAAGACUGUUGCGUUCACCAAAGGAACACAUUGUCCUCAGCACGAUAAGAGCUCUGAGACAUCUAUGCAUAGGAAUAGGUUUCAUACCGCAUGCGAAGAACCAGGCAACCAUCCUUGGAGCUAGGGGAAUACGAUAUCUAGUUGCUCUCAUGGUGCAUUCUAGGAACGAGCUGGUCAGAGUAGAGUCAGCAUUGAGUCUUGGUUACUGCAGCAUCGGCAAUUCUGAAGUGAUGAACGAUAUCAGUGAGAAUGUAGACUUUGAUUACAUCCAUAUCCUGCGUAGGCUUCAUUCCAGUGACAACCUUGUGCGAUUACUCGCUGGGAGCGCAUUAGCCGCCUUUGCAUAUAACAACGUCACACAACAGAAAGAGAUUGCUGAGUCGGGAGGGAUUCGUUACCAUUCCUUUGUCCCGUUUCUGGAGUCUAACGACGAGUUCUUUCGCUGCAAUGCUGCUUUUCAGGUUGUUGUAUUGGCUCGCAUCAUCCCCGAUGAGGACCAAGCUACCACAUCAGCGAUUGGUAUCAAGCUCCUCGUAGAUCUUCUACAACAAUCCAAGAAUCCUCUCAUUCUAGCCCUGACAGCGGAAUGCAUAGCAAGGCUUGCUCAUACGAGGGCAGGAGUUCCUGCUGCAGUUGUGUCCAUCAAAUCUGUAGAUGUUUUAUGUCAGUUGAUGCUUGCCGAGAAUGAGCAAGUGAGAGGAUCUGCUGCCAUAGCACUAGGAUAUCUAAGCUUCAACCACAAAGCAGAAAGAAAGAUGCUCAACAGAUGUAGACAGGAUCCUUACCUGUUCAAGGUAUUGAAGUACUACACUCAGAACUACAGACUCUCUCAAGCAUUCUUAGAGGCGUGGAAGCAUUAUCAACACAUCGGUCUUCCUCCCAUAGAUACUGCACAGAAGCCUUGUCUGGUUGGAAAGAAGAAUAUGCCAUUCCUGAGCAAUAUCAAAAAUCCAAAUGGACGUCGGUUCACGAUACUGAGCUCUGGGGAGGAGAGUGGACUGAGUCACCAUCUAAGUUCGCCCAUGAACCCGUCGACUACCAGCUAUCCUGAUGACGCUACCGUCAUAACCGACAAUCCCACCAACAGAGGGGGUAGUGUCACAUUCGCCAGUGGGACGGAGUCCCGUAACCAUCGCAGUGUAAGUAAUUAUUCCCAUAGAGCGCCCUCUACUGCUAGUAAUCAUCACAAGCAGUGGAGUCAUCCGUCGACUGCAAAGAGUCUCAUCUCGGAGAUCUCUGCAGGAGGGAUGUCUAUGACGUGACAGGUUAUAUUUGACUCAGAUGUAUUUGUUAAAAUUAUAUCUUUUUUAUUUUUUCUGUACUGUUAUGAUAACUGCUGCCCUUACCAGUCCUCUACAUAUAUCACCUGUUUCACACAGCUUAAAGGGGAUGUCCAAAAAAUGUCAAGGUAUUUUGAUAAAAGCUGAAAAUUAGAGAAGCAUAUUAGAGGUUUGGAGAAAAUCAAUCAAAGAAUUAUAGAAUUUUAUAGAAUUGGAUUUCAACAAUUUUAAUACAGUGAUAUGCAAGCAUGUCUCCCGUUUGUCAUAUAUAUUUUUAAUAUGAUUUUCUCUGAGCAUUUUCACACAAUGUUCAUUGUUUCAUACAUGCUUCAAUAGAUGAUAAUGUUUUUAAAUCAAAAUGUUUUUAAUUCAUCUUGAACCAUAACAACUUUGAAUUUAUGAAAUUUUCAUUCCCCAGCAUAUAGGAGAGGCAGUUGCUUCAAAGCUUUGACAAUUCAUAAAUGUUAGUAUUCGAUGGAUUGUUUUUUCAUCAAAUGUUCAUGAAUAUUUUCUUUCAUUUGUUUCUGCUUUGAUUUGCCCCAACUUGGUGUCAGGGUGGAAGUUCCCUUUAAAGCUGUCAACAUUCCCAUUUUUUCCAGGUGAAUCACUGAAUCAUGCAGGAUGAAUUCAGUAAUGUUUUAGUCAUGCACAUAAAAAAAUUCAUCGUAUAACCCUAAAAGUAACUAUAUUGACCAGUGCUUUUUUCAAUAAAGUUUAGCGACUGAUCAUUCUUGUGAAUUUUAAUAAUUGAAGAAUAUGCUAUCAAGUGGUUGUGCAAAAUUGUCUAUAGUCCACUAGUGGUUUAGUGAUAUGCAUGUGACUACUGUAUGGUAGUGGAUCGUAUUACCGAUGUUUCCUAUAAAUUCUAUCAUAUCAUACUUAAAAUUGUUAAAACUUCCACCAAAUAAAGAUAUAA